CAACUGUCAAAAAAAUUCUAGCAAGCCUUUUGGUAUGAAAAAAGAUUCUUGUUUUGGAGUAGUUUUCAAAUGGUUGAAGUAAAUUAAUUCCAUUAUUUUUAUUAAGAAAAUUGAUAAGAUGGAUCAUUCAAUAGCUGCACAAGGGACACCAGAGUCUGAUCCAGGAAGCUUCGAAUGUUUUCAAAAUUACACUGCUCCAGAAGUGUUUAUUCAGGGUCUUGCUGGUAUUAUUGAUCAACAAGAUGUCGAAUCUAUGAUAAGAGCCCAGAAACACAUGUUACAAAGAUUCGAAAAGACCAACGAAAUGUUGACAAACUGUAAUCAGUUAUCUGUAAAUCGACUAAAAUCAGCUGGAGUCGAGUUCAAAAAACAUACUGCACUCCUGAUAGAAAUGAAAAAAGAUUUAGAUUAUAUAUUUAAGAAAAUUCGACUCGUUAAAAAUAAAUUGAGUCAGCAGUAUCCACAAGCAUUUAAUGAAGCAGUAAGAAGUAGUUUAGCAGAAGAAGUUCUAGUAGAAGACAUUAAUCAAGGACCAAAACCUCUUGAACCAGAAGUAGUUCCAUUCACCGUUGCUCCUUCUAGCAUAGCUAAAGAUCAAGAUCCAGAUUCUGAUGUUCCAGUCGAGGAGUUUCAAUUUGCAAAGCUUCGUAAACGAGAAUUGAAACGCAACGAUAGUUCUUCAACGGACAGCAACAACGAUCAAAGUAACGCGGAUGAUUCGUCCUGUACCUCAGAUACCAAUUGAUGGAAUAAAGUAAUUUAUUUUUUAUUUUA